AUGGCAAGCAGGCUUCAACAACAAGAACCACAUUCUUCAAAGACUAAUUAUUUGCACUUAAACAAAUAUAUAACAUUUAAUAAUCUAACUUAUUCUCGAACACAAAAUGGAUUAAGUCACCAGAAUGUUGUCGAUCCUUCAAAAUCUCAUAAUCGUACAAAUGACCAUAUGAAUCCUUCUAGUCGUUCUUCUAACUUUAAUAUCCAUUCAAGAUGUUUUAUUGCAUCAUCAAAAUUUCCAA